GGGGAGAACAGCGCCAGCGGGACACAGCCAUGAAAACCCCGGCAGAGCCAGGGUUUGCCUUUCCUGACUGGGCCUAUAAACCGGAGUCUAGCCCGGGCUCGAGACAGAUCCAGCUGUGGCAUUUCAUUCUAGAGUUGCUGAGGAAAGAGGAGUAUCACGAUGUCAUUGCCUGGCAGGGAGACUAUGGAGAGUUUGUCAUCAAAGACCCGGACGAAGUGGCGCGUCUGUGGGGCGCUCGCAAAUGCAAACCACAGAUGAAUUAUGAUAAGCUGAGCCGGGCACUCAGGUAUUAUUAUAACAAGAGGAUUCUCCAUAAAACCAAAGGCAAACGCUUUACCUACAAGUUCAACUUUAACAAACUGGUGCUAGUGAACUACCCAUUCAUCGACAUGGGCAUGACAGGAGGGCCGGUUCCUCAGAGUGCCCCACCAGUUCCUUCCGGAGGUACACAUUUCCGCUUCCCUCCAUGCACCCCCUCAGAUAUCUUAUCUCCCACUGAAGAGCUGCGAUCACCCACCCUCUUUUCUUCUGUGGCACGGCGAUUGGCCCGGGGUUCAGUCAGUGACUGCAGUGAUGGCACCUCUGCUAACUCUGAAGUAGAGGAAAGUAUAAGCGAAGAGCAGCACCGCAGAGGCCCAGGGCCUGACAUUCCUGCAUUUAGGAGCCCUCACCUUCCACGAAUUACCCCUGACGGCAUCUUUAGGAUCUACCCUCGUCCACGGGUGCCCGAGCCUCUCAGCCCAUUCCCAGUGUCACCCAUGGGUGCACCAGCGGGUCUUCUCCCUCCACAGCUCUCACCUGCCCUGUCCAUGACUCCCAACCACAUGAACUACACCCCGUCACCCACACUAAGCCCCAUGUACCCAGGGAGUAGUCACUUUUCUUUCAAUCCUGAAGACAUGAAGCGCUACCUGCAGGCACACACACAGAGCGUCUAUAAUUACCACCUCAGCCCGCGGGCAUUCCUGCACUACCCAAGCAUUGUGGUUCCUCAGCCUCAACGCCCAGAAAAGCCGCUGCAUCUGCCUCCUGAGGAACCACCCUUUAAGUUUAAACUGCAACCCCCUCCACUGGGCAAGAAGCAGAGGGAACGGCCUUUAGAAGCUGCAUCAUCUACAUCCUCCUCUUCAGGGGUCCCACAGAUAAAGGUGGAGCCAAUUUCUGACACCGAAGAGGACGAAGAGGAGCUUAUGGUGGAAGUUACAGAUAUAAGUGAGGAGGAAGAAGAGGACGAGGAAGUAUUUAAAGCUCCCAGUGCACCAGAGCAGAAAGCUCCUCCUCCUGCCCCUUUUGGGAGGGAAGAGGAGCCGGUUCAUUCUGGGGGAGAGAGUGGCCGAUGUAUCCCACUCAAGUUGCGCUUCAAGCGGCGUUGGAGUGAGGACCAGCGUUUGGAAGCAGAGGGAGUGGGUGGAGAAGAGUCUGAUAAAAAAGUGCGGGGGAACCAGGAGGAGCUCAUUUUACCCCCUCAGCCUGCUGGCGUUCCUUGUAGAAGAGUGAGUACUGACCUGCAGCGUGCCACAGAGGAACUCUCCCUGGAAAACCGGGAUUCCUAAUUGAGGUUAUAUUGGCCCCCUGUGAGAGAGAAAAAACUUGAAGCACCGCAUGGGCGGAGAAAACAAAACUCUCACAUUGAUUGUUGCCAGAGAUUUGCUCGUGUCUUUGCGGACCCUUCUUAAACCAAACACAUACAAAUUUUAAGUCUGAAAAUAUUGAUUUUUAUAAUUGCUAAAAAAAAAAAA